GAUGAACAACCACCAAAGGAACAACCCGGGAUGAAGAGAACGAAAAUGGUUGCAUCAAGAUCUCAUCAAGGAGAAGGAUCAAGGCAGCCGCCGCCUGCUAUUCCAGAAGUUGAGGAGGAAGAUGAGGAAGAAGAUGAUGAGGGAGAGGGUCCCUGCGGCUCAUAUUUCAGAUUUCGUGGCUCCACCUAUUCCCUCUUCAAAAUUAUAAACUACUUGAAACAAGAUGUUGGAUACUAUGCAGCAUGCAAGAAAGAAGUCGAGCAGGCAGGAUUCGGAGGCCUAUUGGACCUUCGCAUGCCGAAGAUACCCAAUGUCUUCAUGGACGACUUGAUGGCUGCUUAUGACUCCUCAUCCAGUUAUUUUGUUUUUGGGGAAGGAGACUCGAAGAAGGUCUUCGACUUCACAGCUGAGGAUGUGGCACGUGUGUACGACCUUCCUCUUGGUGGGGCUGUGAUUGAUUUGAAGAACGUUGAGGGGGGAUGCUCGAUAGUUUCAGCGAGGAAGUUGGCAUGAUUCCUAACAAGGCUCGCAUGGUUCCUAUCAAGAAGCUGCGGGAGUUGGCCAUUCCAGCCAACAGUCCUAGACCACCUGUUGCAAUUGCUGUCAAGCAAUUUUUGUUGCUAGCUACUGGUUCGAUACUCUUGCC